AUGUCUCCCGUCGCUCUUUCAGUCGCACUCUUGGCCAUCGCGGCCUCCUUCUCCAACUCCCUUGCCAACGCACAGGACGGCGCCGUAGCAACCUUCCCCGCUACGCCUCUUGCGUCGAAGCACUUUGCCUACCCCACUGGACUUCCAUACCAAGCCGAUUCCGAACAUCUCCUUCGAGGAACUCAGACUGGCUACAAUCAAUGCAACUCAACCACGGAGGGACAAAACUCGCUCUGCCAGACUUCUUUUGUGAAUAGCGCUGAUGAUUUCUGUCUUUGGGCGCCCAUUGAGCCCAACUCCUUGAUUUCGAACACGGAGGGUGAGGAGGUCGCGUGGUGUACCAAGCCUGGACGCGGUACUCGCGUUAUCCCAGAGGGUACCCUCAAGGGCAUCCAGUUCAUGCGCACGCCCGACUACGUCCAAGUCGUCGGCUUCAUCGAUCAGACCAAGAUCAAUAUCGCUGACGGCGAUUUUGGUGGUGAGCUCGACCCUCAUGGUGCCGAUUUACGCGGUAACCCUCUUGGUGGUUUGAUGUACUCGAAUGCAUGGUCUGGCAACAAUAACACCUUCCAACAAGUCAUCGAAUGGCAUAACUUCAUGGGUGGCAAUGCGUUCUGCAUCAAGGUCUGUGAUCCCUCCAAGUCGCAUGCAGCCGACUACUGUCAGCACAUCUUCGACCGUAUCGGAUGCGCGUACAACGCCCCCAACAACGCUCAGACAGGUGUCUUCGAGUCUUGCCAAGGCGAGAAUCAGGACUUCCCGGGUGUAUAUACUACCAACGGCCAAGUCGUCACGUACACCCAACCUCCUGAGUCCCUCGGAGCCAUCUCCACCAUGCCCUAUCAGCCGAGGGUCCCCGCCUCCAGCAACUGCGUGCAGUUCCAGAGCACUGCGCUGUUCGCCGCCCUUGCCAGCGUUACAGCUGCGCCAGGGGUGUCCUCAAGCUCAAGCACCAGUGCGUCGGUAUCUGCGACCGUUACUGGUUCCGCGACCGGCUCCGCCGCUGUUAGCUCCGUCACCGGCUCCCGUGGAGGAUCUGCUGCAUCUUCGGGAACGCCCUCUGGUACUGCCCAAGGCGCCAACGCGACCUCCAACGACGCUAGUGUCGUUAUGAUGUCCGGAUUGGUGUCCUUCAUCGGCGUUGUCUUCUCCGCCCUCUUCUUGUCAUGA